AUGGACCCUGCUGUCCAUGAACCAAUGAAAAACCCUAGUGAGGAAAAACUUGGUGUGGGUUAUGGCGUUGGAAGUGGCUCAGGAAAUGGCAUGGUAUAUGGCCUUGGAUAUGGCAUUGAAGAUGGGAACCAGUUAGGUACAGCCAUUGGAUAUGGCAUUGGAGAAGGGAACCAGGUAGGUACAGGCAUUGGAAAUGGCAUGGGAAGUGGGAACCAGUUAGGAAUGGGCAUUGGGUAUGGCAUUGGAAAUGGGGGUCAAUCAGGAAAUAGCAUGGGAUUUGGUAUCGGAAAUGCGAACCAGAUGGGAAUGGGUAUCGGGUAUGGCAUUGGAAAUGGGGGUCAGGCCGGAAAUAACAUGGGAUAUGGCAUAGGAUAUGGCACUGGAAAUGGGAACCAGUUAGGAACUGGUAUUGGAUAUGGUAUUGGAAAUGGGAACCAGUUAGGAACCGGUAUUGGAUUUGGUACCGGAAAUGGAGGUCAGUCAGGAAAUAGUGUUGGAUAUGGCGUCGGAAUUGGAUCAGGUGGAAACAACUGGAAUGGACCUGGGACUGGAGUUGGAAUCGGGUCAGGAUCAGGCGGACUAGGGUCAGGGAUUGGCGUGGGAUACGGCUCAGGAGGUGUUCCUGCAUGUACUACCGGCAAUUGCAAUCUAGUGAAUGGCCCUGGGAGCUGUGUACCAGUUGGUCCAGCUCAUUAUGAACUUCAAGGACGAUCUGCUGCUGGAGCUGCCAAAGAGAUGUCGAAGAUUAUGAGCACAGUUACUCAGCCCUAG